CCUUUUUUCAUUUUCUUUUUUUGAAUUGCCAAUUCCAAGUUUGAGUGGGGCUCUCUGGCUUUCCUUCUUUACUUUCCAGCAUCAAUCAUUUCCUUUUGGCACUCCUCCGCUUCUCUUUUGAAUCCAAAAGCCAGCCGGAAGAAGGGAAGGGAAAGAAAUUUUUCAUUUUUCUCCUCCUUCUUUGAGCACUCAUUUCAUCCAUCCAUGGCUUCUGAGACUGUUGCAUCUGAUCAUCACACUACUGAUGAAACGGUUGAGAAGAAGGAAAAUGAAAAGAACAAGAUAAUUAAAGAGGAGGAAACAAAAGAACAGAUCACCAAAGACAUUGAACCCGAGAGUCCAGAUAUCCCGGUCCCUAAAGCAGAAGAACCAACGCCCGAGGAGCAGAUUAAACCUCCUGCAGCAGUUGAAGGUGAAGCUGUUUCGGACGCACCUUCUGACGCUGGCUUGAAGGUGGAAGAAGUUUCUGUGGCGCUGAACCCUUCAGAUUCAGCAACCAAGACCGUUGGUAUCCAAACAGAGGAUACAAUUGUAACUGAUGUGCCUCAAGCAGAGACACCGGUUGAAGUUGUUGGACACGAACAAAAGGAGAAAGAAGUCCAGGCGGUUGUUGCAGAUGAACCAAAUGAGAAAGAAGUAGAGGCAGCUGUUGCAGAUGAACCAAAGGAGAAAGAAGUCAAGGUGGCUGUUGCAGAUGAACCAAAGGAGAAAGAAGUCGAGGCAGCCGUUGCAGAUGAACCAAAGGAUAAAGAAGUCCAGGUGGCUGUUGCAGAUGAACUAAAGGAUAAAGAAGUCGAGGUGGCUGUUGCAGAUGAACUAAAGGAUAAAGAAGUCGAGGCGGCUGUUGCAGAUGAACCCAAGGAGAAAGAAGUCGAGGCGGCUGUUGCAGAUGAACCCAAGGAGAAAGAAGUCGAGGCGAUUGUUGCAGAUGAACCCAAGGAGAAAGAAGUCGAGGCAACUGUUGCAGCUCAACCAAAGGAGAAUGAAGUCGAGGCGACUGUUGCAGAUGAACCAAAGGAGAAAGAAGUCGAAGCGGCUGUUGCAGAUGAACCAAAGGAGAAAGGAGUCGAGGCAGCGGUUGCGACUGAACCAAAAGAGAAAGAAGUCGAGGAGGCCGUUGCAACUGAAACAGAGGAGAAAGAAGACGAGUCUGUUGUUGCAGGUGAAUCAAAGGGAAAGAAGUCGAGGCCGUUGUUGCAGCUGAACCAAAGGAGAAAGAAGUUGAAGCAGUUAAAGAAUUUGAGCCUCAGGCAGUUAAACCAGAAGAAGUAGUGGUUGAAAGUUAAAGUUGAAUCGAAGGAGGAAUCUGCAACUGAAGAAAUCGAAGAUAAGGCAGAGGACAAAGCAGUUGUGGUGGAUGCAGUUGAGAGUAAAUCCAAGGAAAAAGUGGCUAGCAAAGAAGUUGAAAGCAAGAUAGAGGAGAAAGCGAUGGUCGAAGUGGUUGAAGACGAAGUAAAGGAGAAGCCUGCGAGUGAAGAAGUAGGAAAAGAACCUGAGGAGAAAGUCAAGGAGGAAGCUGAUGCCAAAGAACUGGAAAAAGGAGCAAUUGAAGCUGUCUUAGGUGAACCAAAAGAAGAAUCAGUUGUUGAACCAGUCAAAGAGAAGGCGGUUGACAAGCCGAACAUAUCAGCCACUGAAACCAGUGAGCUGACUGAAGCAAAAGCCAGCAAUGUGGCUGAGCCGAGAGGGGUAGCAGAAGCAGAAACCAAGGUAGAGGAUAAGCCAGAAUUGACCAAAGAAGUAGAGGAUAAACCCCAAGAAGUCGCCAAUGUUGUGGAGAAUGUGCUGGAGAGCGGUGAGGAAGUAAAGCCCGCAGAGAAGACGGAGGUUAAGGUAGCAAGAGAUCUCAGGUCAGUGAUGGAUGAGUUUGAUGGUGUCACGUCCUCCAUGGAAGAAAAGAUUGAAGAGGCACCCACUGUUACAGAAACCAAUUUGACUGCCACUGAGGAAGCUCAAGCUGUGGUUGAGAAGGAAGUUCCCGCGGCUGUGAAUGGUCAACAAAGUGCACCUGUAGUGGAUGGUGUUGCAAAGGUGGAACCCGAAGUUGAGGGGGAAAAGGAUGAAGAAAAGAUCGAGAAACUUGAGGAGAAAGACAAAGAAACCAGAAAAGAUGAGGUGACUAAAGUGGAAACUUUGAAUGCACUAGCUGAGCAAAAUUUGACAGGCACUGCCGUAGCCGAGGAAAAUUUGACAGGCGCUGCUGAGUUGGAGAAGGAAGAGACACUGGCUCCAGUCGAAGCACAGGAAGCCAAAGAGGUCAAGGCAGAGGAGGAAACUGAGAAUGGCGUGGCAAAAGGUGACGUUGAAGAUGCAAAACCCACGCCUCCUCCGACCAACGAGCUUGCAAAGGACGGCGACGACACCAAAGCAUCAAGGGACCUGCCUGCACAAGAGGUCUCAGCGAAAAAGCAUUCGGGUAACAUAAUGUCGAAGGUGAAGCAAUUAGGUGUUAAGGUAAAGAAAGCCAUCGUCGGCAAAUCCCCAAGCUCAAAGGCACUGACGACAGAGGCCAAGGGUGAAGAGAAAGUCAAGUGAGAGCAAUCAAAGGACAAAAGAUAAGAAAAACUUGCAACAUUGUUUGGUCAGCUUUUCUCUGCUGUUAUAUUAUUUCAUAGUUGCAUCAAGGUCUUACCCUGCAUAUUACUAGCAAUGUAAAUAGAGGGAAAUGACCAAUUCAAAUUUGUUUGAUGGAAGUGAGAGUCUGUUCUUUUCCCUUCUUUUAGGUUUGUGUCACAUAGGUAGUAAUUACUGGUUUUGGGUUUCUCAAUUUGAGAGAGAAAGAGAGAGAUUAUAGAUGUUAUUACUAUUUGUUGGAUUGGUUGGUGUUUAUUUGUGGUGAGUGAUUUGUGUGAUAUGCUUAAUUGGAUUAGACAAUUUGUAUGGAUUCUUUGUGAGUUGCUUGCAAUAAAUUAUACACUUUUGUUAUA